AUUCCCUUUUCUACUUCGUUUAUCGUCUAUAAAGAAACCCUUCCAAAACCCUUGUUAUCUUAUCGACCUGUUCCUCGCACGCAGUUAUAUCUCAGCCUCCAAUAAUGGCGACACAAACCCUCUCUCGCGCUCUCCUCUCAAAACCCAAAUCAGUAUCUACUUUCAUCUUUCCUUCCUCCCGCUCUAUCUCAUCAUUUUCCUCCUCUUCCACCCCGGCUUCCUCCACCAAAACUCUUAUCACCCCAUCGCCACCCCCUUCCCUCUCCUUCCUCCGUCGCCUACGUGCUCCGCCUUUUUACUCGCCCCUCCUUCGCUACUCACUUUGCCCAUCCGUCAAAUCGUUCUCCACUCACGCAUCCAGGUCCUCCCUCAAUGACCCCAACCCUAAUUACUCGAACAGACCCCCAAAAGAAACGAUUUUGCUCGACGGUUGUGAUUUUGAACAUUGGCUCGUUGUGAUGGAGCCGCCUAAAGAGGAUGCCACCAGGGAUGAUAUUAUUGAUACUUAUAUCAAAACCCUAGCUCAAGUAGUGGGCAGUGAGGACGAAGCUAGGAUGAAAAUUUAUUCAGUUUCUACCAGACACUACUAUGCAUUUGGAGCCCUUGUCUCUGAAGAGCUUUCUUACAAGAUCAAAGAACUUCCCGGAGUUCGGUGGGUUCUUCCAGAUUCCUAUCUAGAUGUGAAGAAUAAGGAUUAUGGAGGGGAACCUUUUAUUAAUGGGCAAGCAGUGCCUUAUGAUCCAAAGUAUCACGAGGAAUGGGUGAGAAACAAUGCUCGAGCAAACGAAAGAAAUAGGCGCAAUGAUAGACCACGCAAUUAUGAUAGAUCAAGAAACUACGAGAGGAGAAGAGAGAAUAUGCAGCAGCCGAAUAGGGAGAUGCCUCCAAAUCAGGGCAUGCAGAAUGCAGCAGGUGGAAUGCCUCCAAACAAUAUGGGAGGGCUGCCAUCAAACAACAUGGGGAAUAUGGGAAAUGUUCCACCAAAUCAAGGAUGGUCCGGUAAUGCUCAGAACAUCCAAAACCGCCCUAAUUAUAGAAAUGCGCCUGGGAAUAAUCAGAAUUUUCAAAAUGGCCCUAACCAUGGAAGCACUCCCAAUUCUCAGUACCAGAACAACUAUGCUCCAAACGUUGGUGAAGGAAACAAUCCUGAUAGGAACUAUUGAUCUUACUUCUUUGUUCUAGAUGAAUUCUGAGGAUAUUUUAGUUUUUAGGUAAUGCUGUAAAUAGAGAAAAUAUGCCUAGACUUGUAUGGUUAUUGGCUACUAUAGAAUUG